AUGACACCUGCUUUAGCUUUCUUUUAUGGUGGCCUUGUUCAUACAAAAAAUAUUUUAAAUCAACUAUUUUUAUCAUUUGUUUGUAUGGGAAUUGUAUUUACUCAAUGGGUUUUGAUUGGAUUUACAUUUGCAUUUGGUCCACCAGUGAGUCGUGGGUUUGGUUCAUUUGGUGAUGCAGUAUUAAGAUUUGGAUCACGUAUGGACCCAUUUUAUAGUCCAACAUAUCCAUUGUUAACUUAUGCAGCAUAUCAAGGAACAUUUGCAAUUAUUACACCAGCUAUUAUAUCAGGAGCAAUUGUUGGAAGAAUGAAAGUCAUUCCUUAUAUGAUAUUUAUCUUUCUUUGGACAACUGGUUGUUAUGAUGCAUUAGCACAUUGGGUUUGGUCAGAAAAUGGUUGGUUAAAACAUUUAGGAACAUUAGAUUUUGCAGGUGGAACAGUAGUGCAUAUAUCAUCUGGUGUAUCAGGUUUUGUUGCUUCAUUAAUCUUAGGAAAGCGUAUUGAUUAUAAACCUCACGCAUCCGUUGCAAAUAAUCUACCAUUUACAGUUCUUGGUUGUUGUUUAUUAUGGGUUGGUUGGAUUGGAUUUAAUGCUGGUUCAGCUAAUGCAGCAAAUGCAUUAGCAUCAUUAGCAUUAGUAAAUACAGUUGGUGCAGCUGCUGCUGGAUUAAUAACAUGGGUUGUAAUUGAUGCUCUUCGUGGUCAAGUAUCAGUAUCUGGUGCAUGUGUUGGUCCAGUUGUUGGUUUAGUUGCAAUAACACCAGCAGCCGGUUUUGUUGAACCUGGCUGGGCAAUAUUAUUUGGAGUAGUUCCAACAAUUAUUAUCUAUUUUAUUGUUUUGUACAAACAUCAUAUGAGAUUUGAUGAUACUUUAGAUGUUGCUAUUGUUCAUGGUAUUGGUGGAAUUAUUGGUGCAUUUAUGACAGGAUUAUUUGCUCAAUUAGACGCGAAUCCAGGUGGUGCAAAUGGAGCUUUCUAUGGACAUCCAGUUCAAUUAUGGUAUCAAAUUGCUGGAAUAUUAACUACUGUUGGUUUUGCUGCUGCAUGUACUGCUGGAAUACUUAUUCCAUUAAAAUAUACAAUUGGAAUUCGUUUAUCAGCUGACGAAGAAAUGAGAGGACUUGAUUGGAUUGCUCAUGGUGAAAAAUGGGAAGUGCAUGAAAAACCAAAUCGAGGAGGAACUUCAACAACAGUGGUAGGAAACAAAUCUGAACGUCCACCGUUGCCAAAUACAUAUGCUCGUUCUCGAUCAAAUAAUAAACGACGAAGUUUAGUUAGACUUCGAUCAGAUAUCUCACAAAGUAGAUAUAAUGCUACUCGAGUACAACCACAACAACAACAACCACAAAGAAAUAAUCAACAAUUAAAUGUAAAAGACUUACCUCUAUCAGUUUAA